AUGUAUCGUGGUGAGCAGACGACAUGUCCUACCUGGUCAGACGAUAUAAAGCGUGCAGCAGACGACACUGACAGCGUCACUCGAACCAUCCGCCAUAGCCUGACCCACCGCCCCUCCUUCCAAGAACUACCCCCUCCCUACAGCCUCACACCCCGACCCCGACUCCACCCCUUCCAAGAACUAACCCCUCCCUAUAGCCUCACACCCCGCCCCCGCCCCUUCCAAGUCCUCUCAGCCCGACCUCACCCCUUCUGUGGCCUCAAACCCGGCCCCACCCCUCCCAUGACCAAGCCCUUUCAAGGCCUCAUACCCCGUCCCCACCCCUUCCAAGUCCUCACAGCCCGACCCCACCCCUCCCAUGACCAAGCCCUUUCAAGACCUCACACCCCGCCCACACCCUUCCAAGUCCUCCCAGCCCGACCUCACCCCUUCUGUAGCCUCAAACCCGGCCCCGCCUCUCCCAUGACCAAGCCCUUUCAAGGCCUCAUACCCCGCCCCCACCCUUCCAAGUCCUCUCAGCCCGACCUCAACCCUUCUGUGGCCUAA